AUGGAUCCCGCGGCGCCGGGGAGGUUCGACAAGCUCCAGAGCUCGUUCAAGCUCACCGUCCAGUGCCUCCUCACAGCCUGCUCCCGCGAGGUUGUCAAUGAGGCUUUCUCGUCGUUCACCGAUGCCGAGGAGCGUCUGCACCGAAUGCUCACCCUCGUGAUGAAGAAUAUGCAUGCCAACAUAAUGGAUGAGUUUAACGACUUCUGCCGAGAAACACAGGUGGCUGCCGCCCUUGACAAGAUAGAUGACUUUGUUGAAUUGCAAAAUCUGGAUGCAUUAUCUUCAGAGAAGACUACUGUCGAAGAAAUCGAAGAAAAGGUCUCAAGAGCAAAGAAGGAUGAAAUUGAACAUUUGACGGGUUUACUGAAAAAGGUUGAAGAAAGUAACAAUGUCAUGAAAGCUCGAAUUGAACUCCUGAAGUUAGGGGAGGAUUCAACUGCUGCAAGAGAUGUCCUCAAUAAGGUGACGCAGUGGAACUGCAGAAAAAGAAAUAAGAAGAAAUGGGCGAGUGCACUGUGUCCCGACAAGUCAGUGUCAGCCGCACAGUUUCCACACGACCAGACCAGAGGCCAUGAGCACCACUCUUGCCUUAGCCACAGGCAGCACAGCAUCUCCAUCGAUCCAAAUGGCAGCCAGCAGCCAUCCCCUUCCGGCUCCACCUCGGCAGCUCCACACCUCCACCUGCCGCCAUCCUCGCAGCUCCUCACCAUGGCUGCCACGCUCUCCUCCGUGGCUGCCCCUUCCCUCCCCAAGCACGGCUCCGUUAUCAGAGCUCAGCAGCAGGCGCCUCCUUCCAUCAUCUCGGCAUCAACUAAGACUGCCUUCCAUGGGGUGUCGCUGGUGGACAGGAGGUGGGCGGCCGGCUACCGGAGAGGCGGCGGCGGGCGGCGGAGGCUGCUGCAGGUGAACGCAAGGACCGCCGCCAAGAACAUCGAGGUGGAGGUCGACAAGCCGCUUGGGUUAGCCUUGGGCCAGAAGCCCGGCGGUGGCGUCGUCAUCACUUCUGUGGAGUCUGGAGGGAAUGCAGCAAGAGCUGGUCUGAAAGCUGGCGACCAGGUCUUGUACACAAGUAGCUUCUUCGGAGAUGAGCUGUGGCCUGCAGAUAAGCUUGGGUUCACCAAGACAGCCAUCCAAGCAAAGCCAGACUCCGUCUACUUUGUUGUGAGCAGGGGUGCCGAAGUUGAUGUGAAGCGCCUACCUAAGAGGCCGGCACCGCCUCGGUUUGGACGGAAGUUGACUGAUGCACAAAAGGAGAGAGCAACACACAUCUGCCUUGAUUGUGGAUUCAUAUACUUCCUACCCAAGCCUUUUGAAGAACAGCCUGAUGAAUAUGGUUGCCCACAAUGCAAUGCGCCAAAGAAGCGUUUUGCAAGGUACGAUGCUGCCACUGGGAAGGCCAUCGGCGGUGCGCUGCCGCCUAUUGCGGUGAUCAUAAGUUUUGUAAUCGGCAUCGCCGGAGUAGGGGCUCUGCUUGUUGUCAUCUUUCUCUGGGAUCAGCUCAUCUACCAGAUCAAAGUUGGGCUCCUGCCCUACCCACACUCCAGACAGACAGACAUCAGCAUUACACAUACAAAAGCAGAAGCAGAUACAUAUCUCAGUAGAACUGUAGAGGUGAUCAUGAGCUACUGGGGAAGCCCAGGCGGACCGCCAUCGUGGGCGGCGAGCCGGGGGCCAUCGCUGGUGGUGCCGCUCAUCGUCGUGGUGGCACUAGGAUGGGUCAUCUGCCAAGAGACCCUGAUGGGGUGGUACGAGACGGUGACGGAGUUGCAGGAGACGGUGACGGACAACGCCGUGCUCCUGGUCCUCGCCCUCGGCGCCGCAGCGCUACUGCUCACCUUGGCCGUGGCCGGCAACCGGAGCGAGGUGGUGCUGGUGCCGGUGGUGCUGGUGCCGGUCAUGUUCCUCAUCCAGAACAUCGUGCUCACCGCUCUCCUGCUGCUGGUGGUGGUCUACUUCGCCGGCAUAUACUACUACCGGCCGGACAGAGGGUACGGCUACGGGUACGGGUACGGGUACGGCAGUGGUUUCGGCGGCGACUGGAGCGGCGGAGGGAGCACCGGGCUGGGGUUCUACAUGCUGCUGCUGCUGUGCCUGGUGCUGUGCGCCAUGUUCUCCGACGGCGGCAGCGGCUGGUGGAUCCCAGGUGUGCUGCUGGUUGCGUGCGUGCUCUGCCUCAAUCUCUUCUUCUCCGGCGGCAAAGUCUGGGGAUAUGGAUACCCCUGA